AUGCCACUGGAGCCCAUGAGCCCGCUUGGCAGCAGGCUGGUCACCAGAAUGAGCCGACCGCACACCUACAGCCAGGCAGCUCCGGUCUCGGAUGGAUGGACGGGUGCAAGUGGACUCGACGGCGGCCUGAACGGGUUGUUGGCAUUUUGCCCACCCGAUCCGGGACUCGCAAUUCCCUGGGCCCUGGAACAGAUGACCACGCAUGAAGAGAGUCCCGGCUGGUUCUCGCCGCUCACCCUCUCCCAGGCGCCCACUCGGCCGUCGGUAGCGUCGGCGGCGUCCGGCACUUGUGCCAUCGCCCCGGCAACCGCCCUCGAUCGUCAUGUAGACCAGACGCUGGCCAACGUGAGUUCGAGUCCCGUCGACAGCUUGAGUCAACCGUAUGCCCAGUUCUGGAGACUGCUGGCACCGCUGUUUCUCUGGCCGGUCAACAACACGAAAGCCGAUCCAAGGACACGCGGCCAGAACGACGAGAUGAGUCGUGAUGAGGAGCCGAGUUCGGCGGACAAAACGGUCAAUCUGGCGCCAAACACGCUCGAAUUCAACAAUGCCGCCUCUUUUUGUUCACCUGCCAACGACUCAUCUUCGACGGCUGCACUGUUUUCGUCCACAGCUCACGUGGCAACGUCCGAAGCCAGCGUUGAAUGCGGCUACGGCGCCAAUCACGUCGGCCCCUGUCCGCCAGUUCAGUCGGUACAGACGGUCUUUCGGAAUUGCAGGCCGACCGAGGACCCGUUCAAUGUUGUCCUGACAGCCAACGGCAAAAACGCCAACUUUCCUCUGCCCUCGAGCUCGAUUGGGGCCACAUGCAAUGGCUUUUUGUGCUCGAGGCGAUCAGGUGAGCUCUUCCAUUACGUGUCCACCAGUUGA